AUGAACUUCACGACUCUCUUGUUAAUCCUAUUGGCUGUUAUGUCAACUAUCAGCUGGUUCAUCAGAUAUCGGUUCCUGAACAUGUACAGUCGCUUGCCUCCCGAGCCCCAGCGCAAGGAACCUCAACUUGAUCUCUUUCCCGACGUCCAAGAGGGUGAUUCGAAACCAGGCCUGGCCAAUUACUUGGAUGAGUUCCUGAGUGCCAUUAAGGUCUUUGGAUAUUUGGAACGACCCGUGUUCCACGAAUUGACCCGGACAAUGCAGACUCGGAAAUUGAUCGCAGGCGAAACACUCUUACUGGAGGAAGAGAAGGGUUUUUGUCUAGUCGUGGAUGGGCUGGUUCAGAUCUUCGUGAAAUCCAUUCGAGAUGGGAAACCUAUCGCAGAAGAUGACGCAAAUCGCAUGGGGCAUGAAUCUUCCGGGGAGGAUGAUCAUGAUAUCGAUGGGAAGCAAGGAUACCAGCUUCUCACCGAAGUCAAAAACGGAGCUUCGAUGUCUUCCUUGUUCUCCAUCCUGUCGCUGUUUACGGAAGAUAUCCAGUUGCGAAACUCCGACAGCUUAGCCUCCAGUACCUCCAGCGUAGGCCAGACUACUGCCCGGCGAACUGGGUCUCUUCCCACCAGUCCUCGGGGUUUGAGCGACAGCCCUUCUCCUAGCACCAAUAGAGAUCGUCACGAAUCUGAUUCACAACUUAAAGGUAAUGAGGAUUUCCUACCUUCGGUGCCCCCUUUGAAUCUUGAAGAAAGUCAUGCAGCACCGAACCAUGACUCUUUGCCUGAUGCAGGGAAGCAGCGGAAAACGAGGCGCAGAAAGUCAGUGCACCCAGAUAUUGUUGCGCGAGCAAUGGUAGACACAACCAUCGCGAUCAUCCCAGCCAGUGCAUUUCGGCGCUUGACACGGGUCUAUCCAAAAGCGACUGCACACAUUGUACAGGUCAUCCUUACGCGGCUCCAAAGGGUAACAUUUGCAACGGCCCAUUCCUAUCUGGGUCUUACAAACGAGGUACUGGGUAUUGAAAAGCAAAUGACAAAAUUCACGACCCAUGACUUACCAAAUGAUAUGCGCGGAGCGGCUUUGGACCGGCUUAAGGAUAAAUUCAUAAAGGAACGAGACCGCUUGGGGCCCGAGGAAGUCACCAAAGGAAUAGCGUUGCAUAAUCCUUCAAGCGGAGGAAGAAACAGGUCGAAUAGUUUCCUAAGAAAAGAAGCCGCUCUUCACGCAAAGAUGACAGCAGCUCCAAAACGUGCUACCUCUGUCCUUCCCAAUGACAGCACCGCCAAUGAGCGUGAGAUGGCUGGAGUAAGCCCUGGAGACCUCCUGUCUACAAUCCACCUUUCUAGAUUUGGCCCUAGAUAUGAACAUCUAGCUCCUAGGUUGUACAGCCCUUUUGCAGAAAGCGAGCCCUCCCCUUUCCGAUCCCCUAUCAUGCCGAUACGUGCUUCUCCCUUCCACCGAAAGGAGUCUGUUGAUGAAGACGCUCUGUUCCGGGAAUCCAUCUUGGAUUGUAUUAUGAAGGGCAUCGGCCUCAGUGGAAGCACCCGUGACUUCUUGCGCAAGAGCAGUCAUUCCGGGGAUGUAUCGCCUAAGCUUCUCUCCUACGAUUCUAGGCGCCAGAAAGCCGUGUUCUCAAAUAACGCUUUCGGGUUUAUUGACCCAUACGACGGAUCUGCGGAUGGUGAGACAGAAUCCAUGAUGUCAAUGUCGGUUACCAGCGCCGGUGGGACGUCACCUAUCAUUGGCUUGAGAGAGGAGCUUCGCAAUGACAUUGAAAUUGUCUACUUCCCACAGGGAUCAGUGUUAGUAGAACAGGGGGAGCGUCACCCAGGAUUGUAUUAUGUGAUUGAUGGAUUUUUGGAUGUGGGAGUACCUAUAUGCGACAAAGGGGAGGACCUCGUCGGAGCCUCCAGACCGACACAUUUACAAUCCCGUGAGGAGUUCUUUCCAACGCUUAGGCGGACCACAACUGGUUCAUCUCGCGUCUCGGGCGGGACGGCUCCAGCCAGUGACCCUAAACGAAAGAGACAAUCUCGAAACUCGCUCUAUUUGAUCAAACCUGGUGGUAUUCAAGGAUAUGUAGGAGCGGUUGCAUCCUACAGGUCUCAUACCGAUGUUGUUGCCAAAACAGACGUAUACGUGGGAUUCCUCCCGCGAGCAUCUCUGGAGAGAAUAGCGGAGAGGUAUCCCAUCGCCCUCUUAACGCUGGCGAAGCGGUUGAUAAGUCUCCUGCCACGAUUGCUUCUCCACAUCGACUUCGCCCUCGAGUGGGUACAAGUAGGAGCGGGUCAGGUCAUAUACCAUCAAGGUGACGAGAGUGACGCUAUAUAUCUUGUUCUUAAUGGCCGUCUGCGGUCGGUUCUUGAAGGUGCUGGAGGCAAGAUCACUGUUGUUGGCGAAUAUGGCCAAGGGGAAAGCGUGGGUGAACUGGAAGUUAUGACUGAGUCGACUCGCCCGGGCACCCUCCAUGCCAUCCGGGACACUGAAUUGGCGAAGUUUCCUAGAAGUUUAUUUAACAGCCUUGCACAGGAGCACCCUGGGAUUACUAUCCAAGUCUCCAAGCUCAUCGCUGAAAGAAUGCGCGAUCUGGUGGAGCAUCCGCCGUCUGAGAAAGGAAAUGAACGUAGCAAUGCCGGCAGUAUUAAAACUGCGACUUCAACUGUCAACCUCCGCACCGUAUGCAUCCUCCCAAUUACAACCGGGGUGCCGGUUGUUGAAUUUGGUCACCGACUGCUGAAUGCCCUUCAUCAAAUCAGUGUGACGAACGGUGUCACAUCCCUCAAUCAAGCAGCUAUUUUGAAUCACCUGGGGCGGCACGCUUUUAGCAAAAUGGGAAAGCUAAAGCUGUCACAGUAUUUAGCCGAUCUCGAGGAGAAGUAUGGGAUGGUUCUGUAUAUCGCAGAUACGACCGUCAAUGCACCAUGGACGCAAACAUGUAUUACGCAAGCAGAUUGCAUCUUGCUUGUUGGCCUUGCUGAUUCCUCGUCCAGCAUUGGAGAAUACGAGAGAUUCCUGCUUGGAAUGAAGACAACUGCUAGAAAAGAGCUAGUCUUGUUGCAUUCAGAGCGGUACUGCUCUCCUGGGCUGACACGACGAUGGCUGAAGAACCGUGUCUGGAUCAAUGGUGGACAUCACCAUAUCCAAAUGGGCUUCCGGCUGACCGCCGAACCGUCACAUCAGACGAAACGCUUCGGAACAGUGCUGAAGGAAAGAGUCCAAGUCCUCCAGGCUGAGAUCCAAAAAUACACUUCGCGGCGAAUCCGCCAAACCCCUCUGUACUCUGUAGACGCACCGUUCAAAGGUGACUUCCACCGCCUGGCACGUAGGCUUUGUGGCAGAUCAGUUGGACUUGUUCUUGGAGGAGGAGGGGCCCGGGGUAUCGCUCAUGUUGGCGUAAUCAAAGCGAUAGAAGAAGCUGGGAUCCCGAUCGACAUCAUCGGUGGCACCUCGAUCGGGUCGUUCAUUGGGGCUCUCUAUGCACGGGACGCCGACGUUGUUCCAAUGUACGGCCGUGCCAAAAAGUUUGCUGGACGUAUGGGUAGCAUGUGGCGUUUCGCACUGGAUUUGACAUACCCUUCAGUCUCAUAUACUACCGGCCAUGAGUUCAAUCGCGGGAUCUUCAAGACCUUUGGGGACAGCCAGAUCGAGGACUUCUGGCUGGAAUUUUACUGCAACACCACCAACAUCAGUAAAUCAAGACCCGAAUAUCACUCUUCUGGAUAUACUUGGCGAUAUGUACGCGCAUCAAUGUCGCUAGCUGGGUUGAUGCCCCCAAUUUGCGACGAAGGCAGCAUGCUACUUGAUGGCGGAUAUAUUGAUAACCUCACUGUGGCGCGAAUGAAGGGAUUGGGCGCCGACAUUAUUUUCGCGGUUGACGUUGGGUCUCUAGAUGAUAACACGCCUCAAGGGUAUGGAGACUCUCUCUCCGGCUUCUGGGCUGUGAUAAACCGUUGGAACCCGUUCUCGUCAAGCCCCAACCCGCCUACUUUGUCUGAGAUCCAAGCACGACUAGCGUACGUGUCAUCGAUUGACAACCUCGAACGAGCCAAAAACACUGUUGGCUGUUUAUACAUGCGACCCCCGGUAGAUCGGUACGGGACUCUCGAUUUUAGCAAGUUUGACGAGAUCUACCUGGUUGGAUAUGCCUAUGGAAAGGAGUUCCUUGAGAAGCUCAAGAGCGAGGGUUCUCUACCCCUACCUGAGGAGACCGAAGAGAAGAAAAAGCUUCAGCGGACUAUGGCACCGCGACGAGCGAGUAUAUGA